AGAGAUACAGCCCACUUGUACCUUGUAUCCAACAAUUAAACCACAACUUCCUUGUUCCUCCAGUGAGACAAAUCUAUGAUCAAAGCAGCAGGAUGAGGCGGAUGAGUGUCUUCCCACAGCAUGGCGCGGCUCUGGGACACCUGGGACUUUCUGCCAACGAAAUCCGGCAGGAAGUUGAAAACAAUACAUCUGAACUGGUAUCUGACCUGGUUAACCAGUCAGCCCGAGCCAGAUUCCAAGCCAUACGAUCAUUACCUAUGCCAUUCAGUGAGAGAAAAAUAAUCAGAAACAGAGUGAACUCUGUCAAACAAUCAAAGACCAUCAUCCCCACAAACUGUGGUCAACAGGUGUCUCGGUCUUUCCGCAGAUUUCGUGCUGGCUUGGCAUCAGCCAGGCAGUAUUUGAUUAUAUGGCAUGACACUCUGAAGGAUAUCGGCGGCAGGUUUGGCACUUCUGUCCUCUCCUAUUUCUUGUUCCUUAAGUGGCUGCUGAAGUUCAACCUGUUCUCCCUCAUCAUCAACUUCUGCUUCAUCACAAUCCCACAAAUAGUGCACGCACCCAAUAUCAGCAGCGUCACAGGCUUCAGAGGCCUUGAGCUCCUCACUGGGGUGGGUUAUUUCAACCAGACGGUCUUGUACUAUGGUGGCUAUAAUGGUGAAGUGAUCGUAUCCAAACCAGGCUACAACAUGCAGUUGGCCUAUUUUUUCACCAUAGCUGCAUAUCUGGUGCUGUGUGGGGUGUCUCUUAUCUACAGCAUGUCCAGAUCCUUUCAGAAGAACUUUGUGCUCGACACAGGACCUGUCUCUGGAGGAGCAUGGCGUCUCCUGUGCAGCUGGGAUUUCAGUGUUGUCAAUGAGAAAGCCAUACAGUACAACAAGAACAAUCUCGCCAUUCAGCUGAAGGAGUCCUUAUCAGAAAGGUUACAGGAGAAAAACAAAAUGGAUCUGUCUGACAGAAUAAAGCAUCUGUCUCUCAACGUACUGGCCUGGCUGCUCUCUUUAGGACUUGCCGUAGGUUGCAGUGCAGGCAUCUACUUCCUGGGGACAGAUCCAGAACUGGCCUUCAGUUUCAAUCACAGUCCAAAUGAUUUAACAGCAGAGGCGUCUACUCUUCUUCUACCUGUGGUCGUGUCGAUCAUCAACCUGAUAGUGCCUAUUCUUUACUCUCUCAUUAGCAAAAUAGAGAGUUACUCCAACCCACGCGCAAAGAUCUACAUCAGCAUUGUGAGAAAUGUUAUUUUGAAGAUGUCCAUUCUUGGAAUCCUUUGCUUUUACUGGCUGGAUUUUGUUCCCAGCAGUGUCUCAUGUUGGGAGUCCUUUGUGGGGCAGAGCGUGUAUCGACUGCUGAUAUUUGACUUCAUAUUCUGUCUGAUUGGCAUUUUCUAUGGGGAAUUUCUGCUCAAUGUAAUCGGAACCAGGUGCAUCCAGAGUCUUGGCGUCCCAGAGUUUGACAUUGCUAGGAAUGUACUUGAUCUGAUCUAUGCUCAGACUCUGGCUUGGAUUGGAAUUUACUUCUCCCCCCUACUUCCUGUAAUGCAAGUCCUAAAACUGUUUAUCAUCUUUUACCUGAAAAAGAUCAGUCUGAGUAUGAACUGUCAGCCUCCCAAACACAGUGGCAGAGCCGCUCAGAUUCAAACCGUCUUCAUCGCCCUGCUCUUCUUCCCUUCGUUUGUGGGCGCGCUAUCCAUGGUAGCAUUCACAGUGUGGAGUCUGAAGCCCUCAAGUGAGUGUGGGCCCUUCCAGGGUCUCGACACCCCCUUCCACACCAUUUUCAGUUGGACUGCUUCUAUUCAGGGCCCCUCUGAAACUAACUGGGUCUGGUGGAUAUUUGAAAACAUACUGAGAAGUGAACUCUUCUACUACUUGAUAAGCCUUAUCAUCCUAGUCAUCACUUAUUUUCUCUGGCAAAUCACUGAGGGACGGAAACAGCUCAUCAACACUCUGCGACAGCAGAUUGUGAAUGAAGGAAAGGACAAAGCAUUUCUUUUGGAUAAAAUGCAAAAAUUACAGAAGGAAAGAAGGGAAAAGGCAUCUUACAGACCUCAGGACUAUGACCAGACACCACAUUUCAACCCAAACUGGAUGAAUACGCUGCCCUUGGAUAUGUGAAAUAUAUUCUUUAACUAUUUUUAUAUUGUACAUGCUUUUUUCUCUUUUUUUGUAAAUAUUGCAAUAAUCUGUAACUUAUUUUGAAAAUAUCUGAGUGGGAAGAGCAAUGAUUUGGAAACAUCAGCUGUACUGGCAUAGGAAAUGGCAUUUUGUGCUUGUCUACUGUAGUAGGUGACUGUGUUUCCUAUGGAGCCUUGAACAUGUUAUGUUUGAAAAAUAAAAAAUAAAAUAGAUAGUCGGGUCACAAAUUAAGACUUACUAUUAAGUCACUUCCACACCUUAUUUAUUUGUUCCCUUGUUUUAGAUCAAUCAUAGCCAUGUAGUAGAGUUUAACUUCAUUUUUAAUUUUGUUAAAUAAUGGCUAUGACUAAAACAAUAGGGCUGGGUAAAAAAUAUCGAUUUGCCAAUUUUAUUAGAUUCUUAUUUUUACAAUAUGAUUUUGACUCUGAAAUCCCAAGAAUCGAUUAGCCUAACCUGUUUGAGUAAUGAACGAAACAUUUAAGCGCUUCUCUCAUCCAAUAAAUAGGGUCAUUCUACAGAAAUGUCCACUUUUGGUAUGGCAAGAUGUCUUAAAAUGUUUUUUUUUUCCUAACAUUUAAACAUUAUUAGAUUACCUUUUGAUUUUAUGAAUACAUAUUAAUGACAGCUUUAUGAUUUAAAAAAAAUAUAUAUAUCUUUUUUGUGCAGUUGUUUAAAGAUCACAUGUACCAUUUUUUAGUCACUGGCUUUACCUUCUUUGGCAAUAUUAAAGGUUUUUAUGAAAUAUUAUUUCUCAGUUAUUUUCAGAGUCAUCAGAGUUACAGAAAAAUAAUUGAACAUGCAAUAAGGAGCUUUAUAAGCUUUGUGUUUUGUUACUUUUGAUAUGCAACAAAGUCUCAGAUUUCAAAUUCUGUCAAUUUUAUUAGUAUUCAAACACUAAAUGUCGUUUUGCCGCUCUUUAAUGUGGAGUGACAGAUCGCAGUAGUGCCUCAGUUCAACAGAAACGGCCUGUGAAUUGAUGAUCAUGUCCUCUGGUUUAAAACAAGUUUUAUAACAAAAAAACAUGGAUAAACAUCCGAAGGUGUGUUAAAAGGAGGAGUACAACUUACUGAAAUCCAUAUCCUGCCUCAUGUAAUGGCUCAACCAGUGUUUCAACCGCGGAAAGACGUCAGUAUAACAGCAUGUAAACAAUAUGUCACAUAACGUCACAUUUACCUCAGAAAAAAACAUAUCCGGUGACCAUAAACUCAUUAGUCAGCUAGAAAUAUGACCUAUAGAGAGGAGAAUUUUGCUAAAUAUAUGUACCAUGUAACAGAUUGACUAAAUUUUUACUGUUUUUCAAGGUUUAAUUAAUGUUUGAAUAAAUCCGUCAAAUUUGUAUGACAGCCACCGUUUUAAAUGUUUUAAAACACGAAUUAGUAAAAAUAAAGUUAUAUAGGCUAAUUGUAACUUUACUAUUAUAAAAAAACUUCACUGCGUAUAAUUUAAGCAUUAGUAAACAAAUAAGUUAAUUUUAACCUUUAAUAUUAUAGUAAUGUGGAACCAACUGACUCUUAUAAUUUACCGCAUUAGUUGAUUUAUUUUUUUUGCCUUGAGAAAAUUUUAUACCGUACCUGAUAUAUAUCCAAAAUAAUCAAUAUCGAAACUAAUCGGUAUCAAAACGCAAGCUUCUGAAUCAUUAAAUCUUUAAAUCAAGUGAACAAAUGUGACCCUGGACCACAAAACCAGUCAUACAGGUACAUAUUUUAAAAUUAAGAUUUAUUACAUAAAGAAGCUUUCCACUCAUGUAUAGUUUGUUAGGAUAUGACAAUAUUUGUCCAAGAUACAAUUACUUGAAAAUCUGGAAUCUGAGGGUGCAAAAAAUUGAGAAAACUGCCUUUAAAUUUAAAGUUAUUAGCAAUGCAUAUUACUAAUCAAAAAUUGUGUUUUGAUACAUUUACUUUAAGAAAAUUAACAAAAUAUAUCUUCAUGGAACCUGAUCCUUACUUAAUAUCCUAAUGAUUUUUGGUAUAAAAAAAAUAUAUAUAUAAUUUUGACCCAUACAAUGUAUUUUUGGCUAUUGCUACAAAUAUACCCGUGCUACUUAAGACUGGUUUUGUGGUCCAGGGUCACAAAUGAAUAAUUAAAUUUUUUGUCAUGUUCAAGGCUUCAUAAUUUCCUCAUAAGAACAAAAAAAAACACUAGACUAGGUGAGAAACCAACAUUUUACCCAUAGUAAUUAGACUGAUUUCUCCUCAACAUACAUAUUCACAUACAUCCUACUAAUUUAUUCUGAUAAAAGUGAUAUCUGUAUAAAUAUCAACAA